GGUCAGAUGUCUGGUUCCCGGUCAUCUGUUACCACUCCAGAUGCAUGCCCAUCAGAUGACUAUUAUGACUGGACCUGGGCUGCUGUUAAAGGUUCCCCAGGACCGACCCGCAAAGCUGCUGCAACCCAGACACCAGCUCGCUCACAAAUGGUACGCAAACACAGUACAGAUUCUCUGCUGGCAUACCGUACAUAUCAAAUGGAUGAUCCACUGGCAGCUGCAGCUGUAGUGCAAGGUCAGAAGGCUGGAAACACUUUACCUUCAGUGGCAAAAACAGGCAAGCCUGUUGGAGCUGCGGCAACCUCUACCUCACUCGGCAGCCCUGUGGAUCGAGCAAAGCGUUUUGAUGCAAAUGGAAGGACUGUGACACGGCCAGCAUCCAGAUUCAGGGAUUUACAACUUUAUAAAAAGCCACUGCAGAUCCACUAUGGAGACUACGAGUCCUACAGAAGUGACAUGAAAAGAAAGGUCGAGGUGCAGAAAAUUGCAGGCCUCGACGGAAUGCUAGGAAUCCAUGUUCUGUCUGGUCAAGGCUUAAAAUCAUCCAGGACAACAUUACGGGAUUUGUAUUGUGUCGUUGCAGUUGACUCAAUCAAUAAAGCACGAACAAUGAUUCGUACCGGUGCUGUGAACUUUGACUGGGAUGAAGCUUUCGAUAUAGAACUUGAAGAAGCCAAAGAGGUGUCAUUUCUAAUCUACAACUGGGACCCUAAUUUUAAACAUCGGUUGUGUUUCCAUGGAUCAGUAGUAUUACCAAAUUACAUAGUUAGUGGUGAAAACAAACAUGUAGCCCUCAAAGUGGAACCAAAAGGAGUUCUUUAUAUUGAGCUACUUUAUAAAAAGCCUGCGAUUUCCUUACAGCGACUGCCAUCAGCAAAGAAGAAUGCCUUGUUUGGAACUGAUCUUGAUGUUGUAAUAAGCCGAGAAAAUUCUGGAUUUGAUGUACCAUUAAUAGUGAAGAAAUGUAUUGAAGAAAUAGAGAUUCGAGGACUAGAAGUUGUUGGCAUUUACAGACUGUGUGGCUCUGCCAGGCGGAAAUCACAGUUGCGAGAACUCUUUGAAAAAAAUUCUGCUGAUGUUAAUCUAUCCGUGGAAUUUGUCACAGACAUACAUACGAUCACAGGAGUUCUAAAAGAUUAUCUAAGGGAACUUCCAGAACCACUAUUUACUAAUGUGUUGUACCAAAUGUUGUUGGACGCUCUUACCGUGCGUCUUCCAGGAGACCCUGAUGGAAGUGCCAAACUCAUGCUUAGUAUUUUAGAAUGUUUACCCAAGGCUAAUCAGGAUACGAUGACAAUGGUGCUGAACCACCUGAAGAAGGUUGCCAGCAAAAGUGAUUUAAACAAGAUGACCCCCGAGAAUGUGGCUGUCUGUUUCGGACCCGUGCUACUGUGUCCAUCCCCGUCGACAUCAGCUGACUUAGACUUCAGGAAACAUAUCGAUGUACUUAAAUACUUGCUUGAAAUAUGGCCAGAUGACUUCAUUUGUUCAACACCAUCAACUGAAAUGACUCCUCCUACUUUGGACUCGAGACCGUCACAGAAACCAACAACUCCAGAGGUACAAGCCCUCAAUGAAGAAACUAGUAAGGAACAGACAAAUGCAGGCGGAGCUGACCGAAGCCUCUAGGAUACAGCUGAAUGUAGGAAUUUUCACCACAGCUCUGCCUUCCCCAACUAUAGGAGAAAACGGUCUUACAACUUACAUUAAAGAAGUGGGGGGGGUGUUGUAGGAAGGUAGGAAAGCCUGAGGAAUUGGAGUUGUGCCUCCCCUACUGCUGCUGCUGUUGCUGUUGCUGCUACAAAUUAUGGGUGUGGCUAGUAAACACAAUACCACAUGAAAGUACAUGUAUUUAUUGCAUCUAUGUGCAUGUGAGUCUAUAUACAUGUACCUGUACAUGUGUGUGUAUAUGUGUGUGUGCGUAUGUGUGUGUGAAUAUUAAUUUGAGUUAAUAUGAGUGCCAAAAACUCAAUACUCCCUACUUAAUUUUUUAAAAAUUUGUUCUAUGAUUCACAAUCAUAUAUUACAUA